AUGUUUCUUUUAAUAAAGAAAUUGUUUAAACGUGCUCCAAUGACCGAGUUAAAUUAUAGAAAUAAACUAAUUCUUGCUCCAAUGGUUAGAAUUGGUACUCUCCCAUUGCGUCUUUUAGCAUUAGAAUUUGGAGCAGAAGAAACAGGAGUUAUUGAAUAUAUAGAUAAACAGAAUACGAUGAAUUUUCAAACACUUCCAAUUGAGAAAUCAAAAUUAAUAUUUCAAAUUGGAACUUCAGAUCCAGAUCUCGCGUUAAAAGCUGCAUUAAAAGUGAAAGAAGAUGUAUCAGGAAUAGAUGUUAAUUGUGGAUGUCCUAAAAAAUUUUCAAUACAAGGUGGUAUGGGCGCAGCUUUGCUAUCAAAUCCUGAAAAAUUAAAGGCUAUAGAGGGGUGCAAUUCAUUAAUUGUACUAUAUUUAUCUUUCAGGAUUUUAGACACGAAAGAAAAAACAAUAGAAUUGUGUAAGAUGAUAGAAUCUACAGGUGUUAAAGCAAUCGCCGUUCAUUGUAGAACUCGUAAUGAACGACCAAGACAACCUGGACAUUGGGAAAUAUUUAAAGAUAUAGUGGAGAACGUUAAAUCCAUCCCAAUAAUUGCAAAUGGAGAUAUUUUUCAACAAUCAGAUAUUAUCAAAUUGAAAGAAUUAUCAACUCAAAGUAACGUGUCAAUAUUUUGUAAAGAUGGAUUAUUACCAUUAAAUGAAGUUGCAACUAUGUAUAUUAAAAAGGCUAUGAUGAUAAGAAAUCAUUUUCCAAAUACAAAAUACACGAUCUUACAAAUGUAUGCUGAAAAAUCUAAAGAGCCGGUUUAUAAAUCAUUGACUCAAUCAAAAACUUACCAAGAUUUAUGCAAAAUUUUCAAUUUGAAAGAUGAAUCAGUUUUAUCACAGAAUAAUAAUAAUGUUGAUGUGCAACUAGACAUUGAGAAACACGAACAAAAUAAAAUUCAACACGAAAAACACGAACAAAACAAACCACACGAUCAAAUGAAGCAAAUCAACAAACAACUUAAUGAACAACAACAAAAUGAACAAGAACAUUUACCAUUAAAGAAUGAUAAUGAUGACGAUGAUACAUCAGUUAUUGAAGAUAGUGAAUCAAACAUUGAAAAAGAACAUUUAUCUAACAACAAGCUCAUUGAUUCUUCUAGUCAGUUGGUAGCAACUUUGGAUGAAAUAGAAAAGGAUGAAAAUAUAGAAGAUAAAGAAGAAAGUAAUGAAAAAAACAACGCUACUAUUGAAAAUUUAGAAAAUAAUAAUGACAACAAUAAUAAACAUGAGCAAUCAGCUCAAAAUUUUGAAUUAAAUAAACCCACUCCAAUCGAUAUAAUCACCAUUCAUGAAAAUAUUGAAGACAACAUCAUUAAAAAAGAUCCUUAUAAUGAUGACAAUAAUAUUGAAGACAAAAAUAAAGGUCCUUCUAACGAUGUUAAUAAUACUGAAGAAAAAGGUCAUUCUAACGAUGUCAAUAAUAAUGAAGAAAAAGAUCCUUCUAACAAUGACAAUGAUAAAAAUUCUUCUAACGAAGACAACAAUGAAGAUAAAGAUUCUUCAAAUUAUGACACUAGUGAUAUUAUAGAUGCUCCAAAUCUUGAGAAUAAUAAUAAUAUUAUAGAUGCUUUUAGUAAUGAUAAUAAUAGCCCUCUUAAUGAUAAUAAUAGUAAUGAUAAAGAUCCUUCUAACGACGACUAUAAUAACAUUAUAAAUGCUUCUAAUGAUAGUAAUAAUAAUAUUAUAAAUUCAUCUAAUGAUAAAGUCUCUCACGAUGAUGACAAUAACGAAGAUAAAGAUACUUCGAAUAAUGAUGACGAUGGUAACGUAGCACUUAAUUCUAAUGAAGAUGGUGAUAAAGAUUCUUCUAACGAUGACAAUAAUAAUAUAAAAGACAUUUCAAAUAAAGAUGAUGAUGUAGCACCUACAUCCAAUGAAGGUAAUGAUAAUGUUGCGGUUCCUUUGAUAGGUUCUUCUGACGAUAAUAAUAAUUAUGUAAAAGAUAUUUCAAAUAAAGAAGACGACGAUAGUGUAGCAUAUAAUUCUAAUGAAGAUAGUGAUAUCGUUAUCGUUACAGCUUCUUCGAUAAAUAACGAUGGAGAUUAUUCUAUUGAUGAAAAUAAUAUUGUCAAAAAUAAAGACGAUGAUAGUAAUGCAAUAGGCACUUUCAACGAAGAAAAUGAUAAUCUCAUAAGUCCUGUUUCUUCAAACGAUUAUAAUAUUUCUCCUGAUGAUGAAAGCAAUGAUUUUAAAGAUACUUUAAAUAAAAGUGAAGAAGAUAAUAUAGCACUUACUUUAAAUAAAAGUGAAGAAGAUAAUAUAGCACUUACUUUAAAUAAAAGUGAAGAAGAUAACAUAGCACUUACUUCUAAUGAAGAAGAUGGCGAUAAUAUUACAGAUGCUUCGAUCAAUAACAAGGAUGUCGAUACUAAUGAUAUUACGUUACAAACAGCUAUUAAAAUAGUUGAUGAAAAUAUUGAAUAUAACUAUAGUGUGAGAAAUCGAGGAGUUAAGCGAUUUGAAACAAGCGAAACAGAUUUACCAUCAAAAAGAACCAAAAUCGAAGAACAAUCAAAUGAGAAAACACGCACCCACAAAAGAAAAUUAUCAGAAUCAGUAUUUGAACCAAUAUUGUGUAUAUUAUUAGAUUCAGAAGGUGAAUAUGGAUCGGAAGACGAAUAUGUAUAUGAAUUUGAAUCAGAAUACGAAUACGAAUCAGAAAAUGAAUCAGAAACAAAAUUAGAAUUAGAAAAAAAAAAGGAGUCUGAACAACCACAAAUAUUACAAACAUCAUCUCCUUCGAUGGUUACUGAUGUUAUUACAACAAUUGGUAACAAAGUUUCCAAUAAUUAUCAUUGUCAAUAUUGUGAUUAA